AUGAGGACCGCAGAUCUUAUUGUAAUGAGCCCCGAGCCCCUUCUGAAAAUUAUUCCUCUGAUUGCGAAGUUGUUGAUGAUGGCGAAGGCAGGACCGGCAGCGGGCUUCGCGGUAUGCUUGUCCUUCUACCCGUUCGAUACUUUGAAGACGAGAGUCCAAUCGCCCGCAUUCCGAAAACUCGCGGCGCAGUCUGCGCACCCGAGGAGAAUGUGGCUACGUGGGUUGUACCAGGGCAUCGGACCGAUUACUCUCGCUAUGAUGCCUGCUUGUAUGUUCGCUCGUACCGCUCUUGGAGGGGGGGUUGCAAAUUUAAUUUUUUUUUUCUAACUUGGCGAUUGCGGUGGCCAGCGGCUGUGUUCUUCGCAUCCUACGAAUCCUCAAAAAGGUUUCUGCUAACCUCCGCGCCGCGAAUACCCGAGCCGAUAACACAUGUUCUCUCUUCGUCUCUGGCGGAGGUCCUUGGGUGUGUGGUGGCUACACCCGCUGAAGUGAUCAAACAAAAUGCACAGGUCCUGCAGGAAGCCAAGGGCUCGAGUUCACUUGCAGCCCUGAAACUCAUUGGGCGGAAUCCCAAAGAUCUCUGGCGGGGCUUCACACUCCUCGCAGGCCGUAAUAUCCCAUUUGUUGUUAUCCAAUUCCCGCUUUAUGAACGGCUGAAGGUAGCAUUCGGAGUACGUGAGCGGGGAAGCGGAUUGAUGGAGACUGCAAAAGUUACGGGCGCGGCGGCUGGAUUAUCUGGGGGUGUGGCGGCCUGGUUGACAACACCGGUGGAUAUGGUGAAGACAAUUAUCAUGCUGGAAGCGAGUAAGCACGGUGGGAAGAGAUUGAGGGCGGCGGAUGUAGCAAGGAGCGUGUGGAGGGAGGAGGGGGUGAAGGGUCUUUGGCGGGGAGGGGCCUUGAGGGGUAUUUGGACUGGCGCCGGGAGUGGGUUAUAUCUGGGGGUUUAUGAAUGCACGCUUUUAGCUAUGGGCGAAAAGUAA